GUUGCCGAGACGCUUGAGACUGCUGAAGUUGUGACUGAUAUGGUGCUAGUCGGCGAUGAUGCUGUGCUUGUGACAGAUGUGGCGGUGGCUGUUGAAAAUACCGUUGCAGUGUUACUUGCCGUCGGGGUAGUAGCUGAAGUUGAAGUUGCGCUAAUCGAUGACGGUGUUAUAGUUGUCUCU